AUGGUUGAGGCUGAUAGUGAACGUGCCCAGGAGGCGCAGGCGACUCCAGCAAGGCCGACCUCAGAUAUCACAUUCCACAGCAUCGCUAGCGAGACUCGAUCUGCCAAACGGCGGAAGACACAACUUGCAUGUAAUGCCUGCCGUGAUCAGAAGACACGCUGUAAUGGGAACAGACCCAGCUGCUCGAGAUGUGCAAAAAAAGGUUUUACCUGCACAUAUGAAAAGGGAUCGUUGAAAAACCAAAGAUACAUUUCCACACUAGAAGAUCGCCUGAAAGAGCUCGAAAAGCACAGCCGAGGGGGUCCUGCUCGAGCCCCUCGCGAUAUAGCAGAUCCAGGACCCAGCUGUAAGGCUACCACAACAUCCGACUUCGAAGGAUGUGGAGAAACAACUCCUGUUGAACUUUACAUCACAUUGCAAGAGAGACUAAAUCACAAUACUAACUCUGCGGCAGUAAAUGGUCGUCUCAACUCUCCACCUCCACCGCUAGAAAAUUACCCUGAGGCCCAAGUUUUGAUGCAACAAGAUUCGCGCCCUUCAUUUCAGAAUGAGAUGAUUGGCACCGAUGCAACAGUAAUUGUGCCAUCGUUGGAAGACAACGAAUACUGCUCUUCUGCAAAUACGUCCACGAUGGCCCUUGUCCAGUCCACAAUGCGUGCUACAAACUCAAGCAAAAUGAGUGGUAAUAUGCCGGGGUUGAAUAUUGCCAGCAACAUAGAUCAGUUUGCCAGUCCACAGCAUAUUCGACGAAAUAGACAAAAUUCCGAAGGCCCAGAGAUAAACGCAUUUACUUUACCCACACGACGUAUGGCCGACAACUUCAUGAGUUGUUUUUGGAACUUUACACAUCCAAUAUUCCCAAUCCUCCACAAACCAACCUUUGUCAUUUCCUAUGACAGCUUAUGGGUCCCUCCGACCGAAAGCUUCUCGGGUAGCGUGUGUGGCAAAGCAGAAGACCCUAUCUUUUUGUCGACUAUGAACAUCGUCUUUGCCAUCGGCUGCCAAUUUAGCGACCUGGUCGCUCCUGGCAAGAGGACAAGCCUAGCUGAUCAAUUCUAUCAGCGGUCUAGGGCGCUGUACGACAUUGAUGCGCUAGAUUCCGCAUCGCUUCUUACCGUCCAAAUGCUGCUUCUCACCGGUCUUUAUCUGCAGUCAACGAAAUACGCGAGUCGUUGUUGGCACAUGGUUGGCCUUGCAAUCCGAACCGCACAAGACAUUGGCAUUCAUAUCGAACACACUCGGCCAUCAAAGACACAGCUUGAACGAGAAAUGAGACGCAGAGUAUGGCACAACUGUGUCAUAUUGGAUCGGUUACUCGCCCUUACGUUUGGCCGGCCAAAUAUGAUUUCCAGCAACUCGGCUGUUCCUCCACCGCUGAUAAUCGAUGAUGAGUACUUACUACAAGACGGCGAAGUAUUCAGCGAAGUCAAUCCCAGUCCAGUAUGGAAUUCUUUGAUAUAUCGUUGCGAAAGUAUCAACCAUUCGAAUGGAGGAGCUGAAGAGCUUUGGUGGUCUCGUGGAUGCCUCGAGGACGUUUUAAAGCUAAAUAGCGCUCUUGAUGACUGGCGCGACACAAUUCCUGAUAACCUACGAUUGGAGAGUGCCAUGGAAGCAAGAACUGAUCCGAGGAGCGAUACAGCUGUCUUACAAGCCAAAGUUCUCUAUUCAAGUCCCAGAUUCCUGUACAUUCGCAUCCUGUUACUAAGACCGACCCUACUUUCCGCCGCUCAGAACCGGCACCAUCUGUCCAAAGGGGAUGACUUGGGACAACUUAGGCUAGAAGAACAUCUGGCCAUGAAAGUGUGUGGAUUGUGCCUCUCGACAGUUCACACACUAGUUACCCAUCUCAACGAGAAUCUAGAUGCGGUAUAUCGAAGUUCUGGUUGGCGUACAGUACAUUUUCUUCUUGCGGCCCAACUAUGUCCUAUCCCUAGUGACGAGUUUGAUAGCGCCACCCUUCAGGAAUUGGUAUCCUGCUGCAUCACCAUACUUGAACAGCACAAACUGCAAAUCCAAUCUGCAGUUCAUGCGAUCAAGAUUCUUGAGAAUCUGCAACAUCGCGUUGUACUUGCUUGUGAGGCUGUUAUGUCUAAUUUCUUCCCUAAUUCCUUCUUAGAUAUUGACGGACUGACUAGCGACCUUUCCAAAUCCGUUGAUCCAGUGAACAUGAAUACUUUGCCGGGGGAUGAUUACACUUUCAAUACGACUUCUCAGGGUGACUUGUUACAAUUCGAUGAAAUUGACACAACACGGCUUAGUGAAGCCUGGUUCAUGGAGCAGGUUGGGGAUAUAGAGUGGUUGGGAACUUCUUGA